GCGCCGUCGGGCUGGGCGGCGGCAGCGACGGCAGCGGCGGACAGGAGCCCGGCCUGACCCUCGCUGGGAGCAGCGUGAGCCGGCCGCGGGCCACCAUGUCGGCGCCGUCGGAGGAGGAGGAGUACGCGCGGCUGGUGAUGGAGGCGCAGCCCGAGUGGCUGCGCGCUGAGGUGAAGCGGCUGUCGCACGAGCUGGCCGAGACCACGCGCGAGAAGAUCCAGGCGGCCGAGUACGGGCUGGCGGUGCUGGAGGAGAAGCACCAGCUCAAGCUGCAGUUCGAGGAGCUCGAGGUGGAUUACGAGGCCAUCCGCGGCGAGAUGGAGCAGCUCAAGGAGGCAUUUGGACAGGCGCACACGAACCACAAGAAGGUAGCCGCGGACGGCGAGAGCCGGGAGGAGAGUCUGAUCCAGGAGUCGGCCUCCAAGGAGCAGUACUAUGUGCGCAAGGUGCUGGAGCUGCAGACGGAGCUGAAGCAGCUGCGGAACGUGCUCACCAACACUCAGUCGGAGAGCGAGCGCCUGGCGUCCGUGGCGCAGGAGCUGAAGGAGAUCAACCAGAACGUGGAGACCCAGCGUGGCCGGCUGCGGGAUGAUAUCAAGGAGUACAAGUUCCGAGAGGCCCGUCUGCUGCAGGACUACUCGGAGCUGGAGGAGGAGAACAUCAGCCUGCAGAAGCAGGUGUCCGUGCUCAGGCAGAACCAGGUGGAGUUCGAGGGCCUCAAGCACGAGAUCAAGCGUUUGGAGGAGGAGACCGAGUACCUCAACAGCCAGCUGGAGGACGCCAUCAGGCUCAAGGAGAUCUCGGAGCGGCAGCUGGAGGAGGCGCUGGAGACGCUGAAGACAGAGCGCGAGCAGAAGCUCAGUCUGCGCAAGGAGCUGUCCCACUACAUGAGCAUCAACGACUCCCUCUACACCAGCCACCUGCACGUCUCCCUGGAUGGCCUCAAGCUUGGUGACGACGCUGAGGCUCUGGCCAACGGCUUCGAGCACGGCGGCCUGGCCAAGCUGCCACUCGACAACAGAACCUCCACGCCCUCCAAGGACGGUCUCGCCCCGCCCUCCCCCAGCCUGGUGUCCGACCUCCUCAGCGAGCUCAACAUCUCCGAGAUCCAGAAGCUGAAGCAGCAGCUGGUGCAGCUGGAGCGGGAGAAGAUGGGCCUGCUGACGACACUGCAGGACACACAGAAGCAGCUGGAGCAGGCGCGGGGCGCCCUGUCGGAGCAACACGAGGAGGUGAGCCGCCUCACGGAGAACCUCAGUGCCCUGCGGCGCCUGCAGGCCGGCAAGGAGCGGCGGACGGCCCUGGACAGCGAGAAGGAGCGGGACAGCCAUGAGGAUGGUGACUACUACGAGGUGGACAUCAACGGCCCUGAGAUCCUGGCUUGCAAGUACCGCGCGGCCCUGGCAGAGGCCACUGAGCUCCGAGAGCAGCUGAAAGCCCUGCGCAGCGCACACGAGGCCGGCGAGGCCCGGCACGCGGAGGAGAAGGGCCAGCAUGAGGCCGAGAGCCAGGCGCUCACCGAGAAGGUCUCCCUGCUGGAGAAGGCCGGCCGCCAGGACCGCGAGCUGCUGGCCCGGCUGCAGGCGGAGCUGAAGAAGGUGAGUGAUGUCGCGGGCGAGACGCAGGGCAGCCUGAGCGUGGCCCAGGACGAGCUGGUGACCUUCAGCGAGGAGCUGGCCAACCUCUACCACCACGUGUGCAUGUGCAACAACGAGACACCCACCCGCGUCGUGCUGGACUACUACCGAGAGGGCGCGGCUGGCGCCGGCCACGGCAGCCCUGAGGCCCGCGAGCGCCGCUCGCCUGUCCUGCCCAAAGGACCGCCGGCCGCGGAGGCUGGGGCCGGGGACAGCAGCCCUUCGCCCAGCCCUUCCCUGCCCUCACCCCUGAGUGACCCACGCCGGGAGCCCAUGAACAUCUACAACCUGAUCGCCAUCAUCCGCGACCAGAUCAGGCACCUGCAGGCAGCCGUGGACCGCACCACGGAGCUGUCGCGGCAGCGCCUGGCCUCCCAGGAGCUGGGCCCUGCCUCGGAUAAGGACCGGGAGGCACUCAUGGAGGAGAUCCUCAAGUUGAAGUCUCUGCUGAGCACCAAGCGGGAGCAGAUCACCACGCUGCGCACGGUCCUCAAGGCCAACAAGCAGACGGCCGAGGUGGCCCUGGCCAACCUGAAGAGCAAGUACGAGAAUGAGAAGGCCAUGGUGACCGAGACCAUGAUGAAGCUGCGUAACGAGCUGAAGGCCCUCAAGGAGGACGCGGCCACCUUCUCCUCGCUGCGGGCCAUGUUUGCCACCAGGUGUGACGAGUACAUCACGCAGCUGGAUGAGAUGCAGCGGCAGCUGGCAGCCGCCGAGGACGAGAAGAAGACGCUCAACUCUCUGCUGCGCAUGGCCAUCCAGCAGAAGCUGGCGCUGACCCAGCGGCUGGAGCUGCUCGAGCUGGACCACGAGCAGACCCGGCGGGGCCGCGCCAAGGCCGCCUCCAAGGCCAAGCCGGGCACCCCGAGCGUAAGUCACACCUGCGCCUGCGCCAGCGACAGGGCCGAGGGUGCCGGGCUCGCCACCCAGGUGCUCUGCGGCGAGAAGUAUAACAUUUACUGCGAUUAGGGCCACGGGGCCGCAGCUGCCGCUACCCUGCCGCACGCCACCCGUCCGCUUCUCCUCCACUAACCCAGCAGCAGCGGGACUGCGGUGCUAGGCUGGUCUUAACCGUGACUAAUGCGCAGAGGGAAGGAUUUAGCCGAGGCGGCGUGCUCUUCCACCUGGACCCUGUGAGCUUGGUGUCUGUUCUCACCCCUCGGGACCGCCCUUCAUAGCAGCUACUCUCUCGGUGGCGGGAGGGGGGUGUCCUUGCAAAAACGUGGCUUCCCAGGGCCUGUGCGCCGUCGUCGGCUCCUGCAGGGGGAGGGGGACAGAGCCGGAGUUGAAACUUGCAUGUUCCCCGCACGUGUCUAAUGCGCGGCGACGCCGGGACCGGCAGCAGUUCGAGGUUCUGGCCCGAGUGCGAGGCACGGCCUCAGCCGAUGCGCGUGGCUUGGCACAGUUUACAGAGACAAUUCCUUCGUAGUUUGUGCGGCAUCUCACUGCACGUCGUAUUUGGGUCACGAGAACAGAAUUCCCUCCCGCAGCCCCGCGUCCUGCAGCCCCGCGUCCUCCAGCCCAGGCGCCUGUGGGCGGGGGGGCCCUCCCGCUCGUGCUCACGUGACUCAGACACGCCCGCCACACCUGACACCAGGGCUCAGCAGGCUCAGCCUCUCUGAGAUCUGCACGCCUGUCUGGUGGCCUGUGAGGUGACACAUCGGCAGGUCCCAGGCCUGGGGUUUGUCUUUUUUUUCCAAGAGAAAAACUUCUUAAGUGCCUGGCCAGACUCUGUCCUCACAGGGAGCCCAUCCUUUUAUACUUAGGGGUUCCCCAGCCUCCGGGGUGGGUUUUCCACUCUCUGCUCGCAAUCAGAUCCCAAUCACAGGGCUCUAAAAUGAGGGGCUCCCACGUCUGUAGCCAGAGCCCAGCCCCGUGUGGGAAGGGCACCCCGCCUGGGCCCAGGCCCGUUUGGGACCCCGCAGCGGGUGCGUGGCCUGCCCCAGCCGUGCGGCCGCAGAGGUAGUGGCAGGUGAGCAGCUGCAGGGCUCUCUGCUCCCGGUGUUUGGCAUCAUGCCACGCGAGUUCCCACAUCUGGGAGCAGGACUUCUCAGUAUUUACCCCUGUCGCCCAGUGGGGGCUGCGUGACGCGAGGCUGCAGCAGUCUUCUCCCCGAAGGGCUUCUUGCCUCGUCUCUCCAUGGCCCCGGGGAGCAUCUGCGCUGCCCUCACACAGCUCCCGCCCCUCCCCCCAUCCCCAGCAGACUCCAGGUGCUGCGUGGACCACCUUGGGUUUGGCCAACGGCCGGAGCAGGAAGACAGGGGUCGGGCCGCUCUGCUGACGGGGUGUUGGGUCUCAAGGCCCCCUCCCGCCCGAGGAGGGAUCUUCCAGGGGCCUGGCUGCCCGCUGGCCCCGCACGUCGCUUCUUCCCUCCGCCGAGCCUGGCACGCAGCUUCUCGUCCAUACAAGGCACGGCCCCCCUAACCCACGCAGGUCUUCUCCGCGUCUGCUGCCGACUAACGCACCACGUCCUCGCCCGGCCAGAGCUUCGGUGGUCGGGCCGGUGCCGGUUCUAACGCUGUCUUGUUUUCUCCCGUUUUCAGCUGUAGAGUAGCUGCCGGGAGGACUCGGCCGCGGCCCUGUCACACUGCAGCCCCUCCCCCUCCCGCGGGCCCACGCAGAGGAAGGAAGGGCAGCCUAAAAGUCCACUUAGAAACCUGUUUGGAUAUGCCACUGCAGUUCUUUCCAAGUUAGCAUUCCCUGAGUGUUUAAUGGCAGAGGACAUAAAGCUUUAAUGUUGAGAAUGCCGCCAGCUGCUUGCCUGUACGGUGCUGAAGAACCUGCUCGGACAGCGGCCAUCAGGCUCGCUUAGAACCCGCUAGAAACGCUCAACACCGGGGUCUCCCUGUUACAGAUGCCCUUUUAUAUCCCAUCAACCUGUGCACUUUUGAUAUUUUGAUAUUAUUAUAUUUGCUUCCUUAAUCCCUCCCAUAGAGACGGUCUCAGAUGCCGUGGUCUGUCUCGUGGUCCUGUAGCGCUCCGUCUUAGCUCCCGCCGUGUUGAUCUGGUGUCAGCACGUGGCACGGACGUGUUUCCCCAGCGUGUGGCUCUAGACUGUUUAGGUGAAGGCCUCGACCCGGCAAGGAGCUCGGCCAGUCGUAGCCACGCUGUGGUUCAGCAGCCUUUUAGGUUAUGCGGCAUUAUGGUUCAUGUUUGAAAUUACAGAUUUUAAAUGCCAUGUUCAUUAAGAAAUCCAGGGUAUUCCAAUUCUGGGGUUUUUCAUAUUGUAUUAUUAUUAUUCUUAGGAAUAGUUCAAUGUAACAAGAAGAAAACUUGACCUUUGCUCUGGUUAAACAGUGAUAGGCACUUGAAAACAAAAAGAUAAAUUAUUGAAUGAGUAGCGUUACCUGCGAAUUCCAGGAUCUUGUGGGUUUUAGGACAUCGUGAAGCAUGACCGAUUAACAGAAUUUUAUACAACGGUACCAGUGAAAUUCCAAAUUGGAAUUGUUUUGUUACUCCGGGUGUUGUGCCAGAUGGUGGCACACGUAGAAAACCCUACACCGUCGGUUUCUAGGGUGUUCUGUCUCAACGCCUUUUUGUUAGUAAUCAUUGCCAGUAGUGCCUUCAUCAGUUAAGGGAGGUGUCCCAGCGCAGUUCGUGCUCUGAAAUGGACAGUGAGGAGCUAGUUGGGAAUGUUGAAGGCCAGUGUGGACCAGUAGGUGUGAACGGGUGCGCACCUUCGUACCUGAACCUGGGCAUCUUCGUCGAGGGAAAGAAAACAGCGAUUGUGCAAAAUUCUGUUAGUCAGUGAUUCUUUACUGUGCAGAUCCUUGCAAAUUCAGGGGCUGAGAAAAGGAAAGUGAACACACACCUCGAGUGUGCUUUGGGAACCAAAUGGACUUGGGGGACAAGCUAAGCCAGCGGUGUGGACGACACGCCAUGUUUGUGAAGAGCGGGCGGCAGGGGCGCCGGCUGUCGGCCUCGUGCAGGGGUGAGGGCUAGCCGUAGUGUUCUUUGCAAAUGUGAGGAAGAGACGUUCUGUAUUCUCUUGCUUGGUGUAACUAAUCGCUGUUAAUUUCAGGAAACAGAACUCGGUGAAGCCCCUCAGCAGUCCAGGGCUGUGUCCCGCCGGGUUUGCUGGGUGAGGCUGUGCAUACGGUAAAAUUGGUACUCACAGAAGAAGAAAGUGUCCUCUCUUCUCCAAAAUAAAGGACAAAUUAUAAUAAUAUAUAAGUAGCAAGGGUCAAAGAAUUCUGUUUCCUGGAAUAAGCAUUUCUUCUUCCUAGUUGUAGGGACCCCUAUUCUUACCUUCUAUUACAGUGUCGGUCCAUAAGAAAUAAUGUUACAUUUACAAUAACUUCACCUGUAUGGGGUAUUUAUUUGCAAUGAUGUCUGAGUACUGUAUUUUUUCUGUGCAUUACCUUAGUGUCAGAAUGUUGUCUUUAUUUUAAGAUCAUAUGCAUGUUCUCCUGCCAAGGAACCUUUACACAGACCCAAACAAACAAACAAACAAACAAACAAACAAACAAAAAUGCAUUCUAAUUCUGAGAAAGUGAGGCAGAGCCUGGAAAAGAAGUAGGAAGGAACGGUCAGUCUCGACUUGGGACACGGGCGUCUGGUGCAAAUGUCUGCAAAGCCAGUGCACAUAGGAACAUGGGCCUGGUAAGGGUCACGUGGUAGGACCAAUAAAUAAAGAAUAAUAAAAAGCA